AUGCCGGUUACACAAAAUUUCAAUAUAGAGGGAGUUGAUAGAGAAAGAGAUAGAGAUCUCGUGUCACCAGUGCAUGUCACUCUCCUUAAUGUAGUAAUUUCGAUCACAAACUUGUGUCUCGGUGGCGUAACUUUGAGUGCGUUCUUUUUUAUACACAUAUUUGUAACGUCUACAUCUCUCAAGCAACAUGUGUAUUUGUGUGUUAUCGGUUACGUUAUAAUAAUGACACAAGCAGUUCAUUCACUGAACCCACAUGCUGGUUGGGCUCGGAUGGUGAAAUAUGAGAAUCGAAGAAUGGUACACUGGACUCUACAAAUCGUUGGCACAAUUCUUGUAUCAAUUGGCAGUAUUAUUCGGAUGGCGAAUGUCAAUACCAAUUUUAAUUCUACUCAUGGUAUUCUUGGCAUCGUCGCAUUCCUCUGCACAAUACUCACCAUGAUAGGAGGGGUUGUCAACGCCAACUCAAGCCGUCUUAACAUCAAUAAGACCUUUUUGACUCUAGCUCAUUCCUGUCUUGGAUCCUUGACUUUAUGUUCUGCAUUUCUUUCCUUAUGUUUUGCAUUUAAUUCAAUGAUGUAUAGAGUCGUUUUGGGCGAUAAAAGUGCUGAUUUCGGAAUAGCUUUGUCUGUUGUUGCGUUAGUUGGUACUUUAGUGUCACCCAGUUUAGAUUUCGUCAAACGAAUAUUUCAUAGUAGAUAG